GGUACUGUAAAUAAAGAAUAUGCAAAAACUGAAAAAGGGAUAUCAAUUCAUUCGAUUAAAGAAUUAAUUUCAAUUUUAUUUUUGAAUUAAGAUAAUUUAAACUUUCCUAAAAGUUAGUUUUUUUUUUACGAAAUGAGCUUUAAGGCAAAUAUUCCAAAAAGUUUUCAUAACCGGAUUUUGUUUGCGUCGUCCUUAAACUUUAGGCAACUGCGAUCGACAGUCUUUUUAACAAAUAAAUUUGGGUUCUACGAAUAUAUAAACAAUACCCAAUUAUCAGAAAUUGACCUUUCAGAGUUUUUUAAUGAUCUAAGUCCGACUGAACAAAAAACUUUAAUGGAAGUUAGAAAUAAAGAAUUUUCUGUAAAUGAACAAUCACAAACCACAAGGAUCGCAAGAGAUUCAUCGAAGACACAUUUAAUUGAAAUAGGAAAAUAUAUUAAAUACUACGGAAACUCCAAAGCAAUUUAUGUCAUUUUAAAAGUUUUUAAUAAAAUCUUGAUUUUGAAGAAAGCAAAUGGAUACAAAGUUGUGAAAGUGCUUGACAAAGUCGAAAAGUUCGAAAUUUGUGACCUGAAUACCGCUUACCAAGCCGAUAUAUAUAUUUUUUUCCAAGGAACACAAAAACCUGAUCUGAUUAAGGUCGAGGAAGAUGACAUUCCUGAAAUACAUAGAAAUAUUCCGUUUGCCAAAGCUAAAAGUCUCUUAGAAGUAACAAAGAAAGUUCGAACAGAAUAUGAAAGACAGAAGCAAAACACAAGAAAAAAUUUCAUGUCACUAAAAAAUAGAUCAACAUUUGGUUGUAAUAUUAUACGAAGUCUAAAUAUUGAUGAAAAGUCAAUACUAGGAAAGUACGGUGAUAUUUGGACAAAAAUUUAUAAUCAAUAUUUAAUCAUAGGCAUUCCAGUAGUUAAUAACUGCACGGAAAACUUAACCACGUUAUUGAAUAUUAAACCAAUUUUAAGUAAAAAAAAUGAAGACCAAAUUUCAUUCGAGUACAGUUUUUAUGAACUCGAAAAAAAUGUAAAUAUUAGUGAUACGGAGAACAUUAAAUACCUUAAAUUUGAAGAUACAAAGGUUGAUAAAAUUAGUUUCGAUGAAAAUUUCGUUCUAAUACAGAACAAUAAUUUAAAACCGGGUUCUAUUGCAGUUAUUUUGCUAAAGUCAUCUAUCGACAAUUUUCGUACCCUUUCCACUAGUUAUUGUAAUAUUUUCAUAAAUUUUGAACUAGCUUACGAACAAAAUAUAUUUCAUCAUAGUGUAUUUUUUAAAUCUUUAAAAAUACCAGUUAUCGAUUUACUUGAUUCCUAUAAAAAAGUAAGCAAUAUACAAACAAUGUCUAAUUUUUUAACGGUUGCCGAAACUUCAAAAAGACAUGUGUUUUUGUUACAAAAUGAAAUCAAAGAUGAAAAUGAAACAUUUUUAACAAUUGAAAUUCAAAAUAUUCUUAAAAAUAAACUAAACUUUAAAGAAAUUAAUCAUAAAUCUAUUUGCGAAAAAAUUGAUGAAAUGGAAAUUGAUGAUGGUUAUAUCGAUAUAAAUAAAGAAGGCUUUGUUAAGACAUACAUAUGUUUUGAUUCUUGUUUUUGGAAUGGAAGUAUUCUAAAAUUUCAAGUAGAUGAAAUAACGACGAAUAAUUUUUAUUUCACCUUACACACAAAGUCGGAUUCUCAUGCUUUAAUGUUUAUUCAUAGUUUAUUGGAGGAUCUUCCUACACGAAUUAAUUUCAAAUUACUGCAAAAUUGCGAUUUAAUUCACAAUGUACAUUUUCUAACAAAAAAAUUAAAAGAUGUUAUUUCUUUAUCAAUAAAUAAUUUUAAUUGUUUAAAUAAACUUUCAUCUCCAAAAAGAAAUGAAAUUUUAAAUUUUCAAAAGGAACGGUAUAGCAAGGAACUUGAAACCGAUUUAUUGUUAUAACAUUUGCAAAGAAAGCUUCACAUAAGUUGAAAUAAAAUUAGUACUAAACAAAAACAAAAAUGAAAAGUUAAAGCAAAAUUAUAUUGGAUCACCAAUUCUUAUUUUAUUUGUUUGCGAAAUGCAUAUUUCUCAUAAAAUUGCUUACGAUUCUAUAAUAGGAAGUAAUUAUCUAAAAUCAAACAAUUGUUUUAUUAUAAUUUCUUUAAUAGCUAAUACUAAUUCUAAGAUUUGACUUACACAUAAAUUGCUCAAAAUAUAUAUCUAUAUAUUUUUUUAAUAAUUUUUUAUAAUGAAGUAACAAAUUAUUAAAAGUUUUUUCCUAUGGACGGAAUAUUUUAACAUUAAUGCAAUAAAAUUUUUCGUAGAGCACGAUUAUCUACUAUAAAUUUUUUAACGUUUUACGUAAUUACGUUUUUAACGAGAAUUAGUUUUAUACAUACAUUCAAACAAAAUAUUUUAUUACAUUUUAUUUUUUAUCACAUCUAUAAUUUGAUAUGAUGAUUUGAUUAUUAGAUGACACUUUGUAUAAAAGAGUAAAGAGAAAUUUCCACUGUUAUAAUAAAAUCAAAAUAGUUCGUUCAGAGUCAUUUAAAAAAAUUCUGAGCACUAAGAAUUGAAUUCUUACUUUCACGCAUAUCAAUUUAAUAGCAAUUCUUUGGCCAAUAUAUUCAAUGUAAAAGUUACUGUCAUAUACAAGUGUCAUCUUUAUAAAUAAAAUAUACUAGUACCUAAAUACUCUAUUUAAAUAUAAAAAUUAUUACAUUUUUUAACAAUAAUAAAUAGUUUAAAGAGAUUUUACACUUAAUAGUACAUCAAAAACAAAAAUGUAGAAAUAAAGUUAAUAUAAAAAAACAGAGAA